AUCUGUUCAGACCUUUUGUGGAAACACCCACGGGAUACAAAAGAGUAUAUAUAUAUUAUAAAGAUUUCACAAUAUUCAAGGAGGAAUAACCCCUCAUUAACAAGCUACACAAAAUGGGCACCGUGCAUCCAGGAGCAGUUGUGACCGUUGAAAACACCUGGGUGCACUCGUCUCCCCACAGCCCCCUGCCCCCUUACGCGGUGAUCGGUGGCCACGACUCGGACCGCACGCCCAUCUACGUGGGUCGAUCCUUUCACGAGGGUGAAAACCUCCCCGCCAAGGUCAUUCCGAGCAAGGGCUGCGCAUAUGUGGCCUACGGAGGAUCGGAGCACCAGAAGAGCCACUACGAGGUGCUGGUGGGUCAGGGCUUCGCCUGGGUGCCCAGUGCCAGUGGCGGAGUGCCACCGAAUGCGGUUAGGAGUGGAACGACCCGCACAGGAGAACCCCUCUACGUGGGACGUGGACAUCAUGCCGGAAGCUUGACUGUGGGAAAAGUUCAUCCCUCGCACGGCUGCCUGUACAUUCCAUUUGGAGGCCAGGAGGUCAGGAUCAACACGUACGAGGUGCUCAUCAAGCAGCAAUAUGACAACUGGGUGGGUGCCUCGCCCAGUUACACGCCUCCGGGUGCAGUGAUAGCCGGACACGACUCCGAUCGGACGCCCAUCUACGCCGGAAGGGCGAUGCAUGAGGGCGAGAUGUUGCCCGCCAAAGUGGUGCCCAGUAAGGGAACCGCCUACGUCUGUUUUGGAGGAUACGAGUUCCCCAAGCAGAGCUACGAGGUGCUCACCGGCUGCGGAUACGUUUGGGCCCAUGCCGGACACCACAUUCCACCCAAUGCCGUUUCCACGGGCCGUGCUCGGAACGGCGAGCCCCUGUACUACGGUCGUGGCCACUACGAGGGAAGUCUGACUCCUGGUCUGAUCUCGGCCAGCCAGCGAUGCCUCUACAUCCCAUAUGGAGGUCGGGAGAUCCGCCUCUCCUCGUACGAGGUCCUUUGCAGGCAAUAAGUUGCCGGAACCCCAUAAAUUACCAUAUAUGCAUUUAGCCCAGAUCAAACUGUAAUCGCACCCAAUAAACCGACUGUUAAUACCCAA